AUGCUUUUAUAUGAAGGAUUUGGGGCGCUUAAGUAUUUUUUAGGCAUUGUGGUUGCUCAUAGUCAGGAGGUAUCUUUCUCAACGAAUUCUCAACAAAAGUACGCUUUGGAUAUCUUGACUGAGGCAGGUAUGUUGGGUUGCAAACUCACUAAUACUCCAAUGGAGCAGAAUCGUAGUCUUACACAUACUUCGGGUGAGUCGUUUGCUCAUACGGAUCAGUAUCGUCGAUUGGUUGGACGAUUGAUUUAUUUGUCAGUUACUCUACUAGAGUUGAGUUAUUCGGUGCAUGCUUUGGCUCAGGUUUUAAGUGAUCCGCAGGUCACUCGCCUAUUUCUUAGAAGACUAAGAAACAACUUAUUGUCUCUCGUUCCUCGGCCAAAGCCGAAUAUCGUUCCAUGGCAGUUGCAUACUUGCGAGUUGAAAUGGUUGAAGGCAUUGUUGUUUUUUCUUGGAGUUAGUUGUACAAAGUCUAUGCAGUUGUUCGUGAUAGUCAGUCGGCCUUGGCAUAUUGCUAAGAAUCCAGUGUUUCAUGAUCGUACGAAGCAUAUUGAGGUAGAUUGUCAGUUAGUUCGUGAUGAGUUGUUGAAGGGUAAUAUUUCUACUUCAUAUGUUUUGACGCAUCAUGAGUAG